UAAGGAAUAGCUUUUUUUUUAAAAGAUUAUUUAUUUAUUAUGUAUAUAGUGUUCUGCCCGCUUGUAUCCCUGCAGGCCAGACAAGGGUACCAGAUCUCAUUACAGAUGGUUGGGAGCCACCAUGUGGUUGCUGGGAACUGAACUCAGGACCUCUAGGAGAGCAGUCAGUGCUCUUAACCCCUGAGCCAUCUCUCCAGCCCCAGGAAUAGCUUCUGCCAGACUGGCCUAAUUGCUAAUUGAUGUAGGAGGACCCAGCCCACGUCUGGUGGUGCCAUUUGUAGGCAGGUUGUGCCAUUCCUAGGUAGGUGGGCCUAAGAACAGUAAUUGAGCAAGCCCUGGGAAGCAAGGCAGUAAUCAUUUUCCUUUUGUAACAGGCCCCCCAGACCUUAACAUGACUGACUCCAUGAUGGAAGUACCAUUCAGGCCCUAAAGCUGAUCACAUAGACAACAUCACUAGCCAAAAUGAAAACAAAGAUCUAAUCCAUGAAAGUCUAUAGUUUUGGAAAAGUCUUUAAAUGUACUUAUUUUGCUUUUUGGUUUCUGUAGUUCUGCUUCUAGCUAACUGUUCUUGCAUCUGAAGUAUGUCAACUGGGAUAUGUUUUUGUGUGUGUGUGCUUAAAAGCUCACCCUGAGAAAGGCUCAGGGCGACACUGGGAUCCUGAACACCCAGUGCAAUUGCUAGCUGGCUAACAAAAACUUCCUAUUGGCUUAAACCCAUGUUCAAACCGUCUUCUCUGGUGGGUACCCCACAACAUUUCUGAAGGUUGUGCAAAUGGGUCUAGUGAUCUGUAGUAUAAAUUACUGGCAUCCUAUGCUCCUAGUACCUCUUUGAAAGCCAUUCUUUGUGUGACUCCACUUCUCUGUACAUCAUUUCUUAGAAAUCAAGCCUUAAUCUGCAUCUGAUUAAGAGGCUUUCAUUUCCAGUCAGCUUGUCUUUCUCAGUGAAAGCUGAUCUGUUUGACUUAUGAUUUGAAAUGCCCCAAAGCCCACUGUGUUAUUGCCAUCCUCUUUCUCUUCCUCCUCCUCCUCCCCCUCCUCCUCUUUUCUUUUUUGGUUAAUUUCACACAAUACAGAGCUAUCUGUGAAGAGGGAACCAUAAUUAAGAAAAUACCUCCACAUGAUUGUGGUACAGGCAAGCCUGUGGGGCAUUUUCUCAAUUAGUGAUUGAUGGGAGAGGGCCCAGCCCAUUGUGGGCUAUAGUCCUGGAUUCUUAGAAGAAACCAGGCUGAGCAAGCCAGUAAGCAGCACUCCUCCACAGCCUCUGCAUCAGCUCCUGCCUCCAGGUUUCUGUCGUGUUUGAGUUCCUGUCCUGACUUCUUUCCAGGAUGAACAGUGAUGUGGAAGCCUGAGCAAAAUACACCCUUUCCUCCCAAGUUGCUUUGGUCAUGUUUAUUACAGCAAUAAUAACCCUAAGACACACACCGUAGUCAAACUGGUAAGAUCCAAAGAUUAACUGAAAAUUAAGAAAGAAGCAAAAUCAAUACAUAUAUAGGAAAGUAUGAUCUCAGUUACAGAAAUGUGUAAUCAAAAAUAGAAAUUAAAAAAUGAAGCCGGGUGUGGUGGCAUAUGCCUUAAAUCCCAGCACUCUGGGGAGGCUGAGGCAGGCUCUGAGUUUGAGACCAGCCUAGUCUACAGAGUGAGUUCUACAUCUAGUGAUACACAGAGAAAUCCUGUUUUGAAAAAACAAACAAGCAAACAACAAAAAGUUACAUUUUUAAAUUCAGAAAAAAAGAAUGUCAAUAUAAGAUUCUGUAUUAAAAAAAAAAAGGUUCUGUAUUCAUCAGAGUAUUCUUUCCAGAACAGUGGAAAUUAUGUUGACAUACCAGUUGCUUAUCACAAGGCCAGAAAUGAAAAUUACAAUUUGCAAAUAUUUAAUAGGGACUUGAAGCAACUAUAAGGGAAUGCAAAAUAUACAAGUUGGUCAAAAUACAUUGUACGAAAUUCUCAGAGAAUUGCCCAAAAUAUUUAAAAAUAAAAUAAAUCUUUAAAAUAAAAUUCUGUGCAGCAAAGACCUGUCAUUGUGUCCUUACUCAGCCUGGAAGUGGUAACUUGCACUGUCUAUCAGGGAUGCAGGGAGCCCGGAAGCAUUCUCCAUGCAGGGCUGCUAGGCUGAGAACUGCCCCUGAGAUGGGCUUCAGCCUUGGGCGGGCUUUGUGUGGGGCACCGCCAAGGUGGGAUCUGUUUCCGAUCUGCACUUCCGGUCUCGCUGUCGCUGGUCAGCCUGUGACCUCAUCACUUGGACCUCACACGAGGACUCCUAGACACCUCGGAACCCGGACACUCCGGAACGUGUCUCCAGAACUGGAGACCCCGGAACGGGACACUGCGGAACCCAGAGACCCGGGAACCCGGACUCCCCCGGAACGGGACACCGCGGAAACAAUUCGUUCCGGAAUCCGGACAUGGUCUUGCUGUGUGUAAACCUUACCUGGUCUCAUUGCUGGAGCAGAGAAAGGCGCCUUGGAAUGUGAAGAGACAAGAGUCAGGAACCAUGUACCCAGAAAAUCUCUGUGACUGUAAUGACUCUGCAAAAGCCUUUGAUCAGCACACAAAACUUACCAUCCAUCAGUGUGUGCAUAGUGAAGAGAAGCCAUUCAAACAGGAAGAAUGUGGUAAAGCACUGAUUGAUGAUUCGGCUUCUGAUGGGCGUCACAGGGUGCAUAAAGGAGAUUUGCCCUACAAAUGUAAAGAUUGCGGCAAAGCCUUUAAAUACCGCUCAAUCCUCCACCAACACCGCAUAAUCCAUACUGCUGCAAGACCCUAUAAAUGCCAAGAGUGUGGGAAAACCUUCAAGAGAAGUAGAAACCUCACGCAACACCAGAUGACUCAUAAGAGAGAGAAACCCUACAAAUGUAAAGAGUGUGGCAAAGCCUUUACUACACAUGCUGUGCUUACUCAACACCAAAUAGUUCACACUGGGGAGAACCCCUACAAAUGUAAAGACUGUGGGAAAGCCUUUAAAUAUAACUCAUCCCUGACUCAGCACGAGGUCAUUCAUACUGAAGCAAAACCCUACAGAUGUCAGGAAUGUGGCAAAGCCUUCAAGAGAAGUCACUCCCUGAGUCAGCAUCAGAUAAUUCAUAAAGGAGAGAAACCACACAAGUGUAAAGAGUGUGGCAAGGCCUUUAGUAAGCAGUCAUCUCUUACUCAACACCAAGUAAUUCACACCGGAGAGAAACCCUAUCAAUGUAAAGAGUGUGGGAGAGCCUUCAGAUAUCAGUCAACCCUGACGCGACACCAGGUUGUUCACACUGGGGCAAAGCCCUACAAGUGUGAAGAGUGUGGCAAAGCCUUCAACAAUAGCUCAACUCUUAGUCGACACCAGAUCAUUCACACGGGAGAGAAGCCCUACAAAUGUCAGGAGUGCAGCAGAGCCUUUUACUGUUCCUCCUUCUUGAUCCAGCAUAUGAAAAUCCAUUUUGAAGAGAUGCCCUAUAGAUGCAAAGAGUGUGGUAAACCCUUUAGACUCUCCUCACAGCUGAUUCGGCACCAGAGAAUCCAUACCGGAGAGGAACCCUACAUAUGUAAAGAUUGUGGCAGAACCUUCAAAUACCACUCAAACCUGACUCGACACCAAAUACUUCAUACUGGAGCAAAGCCUUACCAGUGUGAAGAGUGUGGCAAAGCCUUCAACAAUAGCUCAACCCUUGCUCGACACCUGAUCAUGCACACGGGAGAGAGACCCUACACAUGUCAUGAGUGCGGCAGAGCCUUUUACUGUUCCUCAUAUUUGAUCCAGCAUAUGAAAAUCCAUUUUGAAGAGAUGCCCUAUAGAUGCAAAGAGUGUGGUAAACCCUUUAAGUGUUCUUCACAGCUGAUUCGACACCAGAGAAUCCAUAGUGGAGAGAAACCCUUCAUAUGUAAGGAAUGUGGCAAAGCCUUCAACUGUACUUCAUACUUGACUAAGCAUCAGAGAAUCCAUACUGGAGAGAAACCCUACGUGUGUAAAGAGUGUGGCAAAGCCUUUAAUUGUUCUUCCUAUCUUUCUAAACAUCAGAGAAUUCAUAUUGGAGACAGACUCUAUAAAUGUAAAGAAUGCGGCAAAGCCUAUUACUUUUCUUCACAGCUUAACCGACAUCAGAGAAUUCAUACCGGAGAGAAACCCUACAUAUGUAAAGAAUGCGGCAAAGCCUUCAACUGUUCUUCGUAUCUUAAUAAGCAUCUGCAAAUCCAUAUUGUAGAAAAGCCCUAUGUAUGCAAAGAGUGUGGCAAAGCUUUUAGCUGUCCUUCAUACCUUAAAAAACACCAGAGAAUUCAUACUGGAGAUAAGUUUUACAAAUGUAAGGAGUGUGACAAAGCCUAUUACUUUUCCUCCCAGCUUAAUCAGCACCAGAGAAUUCAUACCAGAGAGCAACCCUACCAGUGUAAAGAGUGCGGCAAAGCCUUCCUUUCUUCUUCCAGCCUGAAGCGGCACCAGGAAACUCAUAUGCUGGUGAAACCCAGCAGUGUGUAGAAUUUGGCAAAGCCUCAGUAGUAACCUAUUUGUCACUAGGUAUUUCAUAAAAGAGAAAAACCCUAGACAUGCAGUCCAAGACUUUAACAACUGCUGAAACUUUAGUUCACACCAAAAAGCUCCUACAUGAGGGAGACACUACAAGUGUGUGGAGUGUGGGGGAACCUUUAACAGGUGUGUAGCGGUUAUUCCAUACUAAACAGUCCACAGUGGAGAACAGCUUACAGAUAUGCUAAUGUGGCCUGGCCCUUGACCACAGCUCUUCCUUAUUGGACAGUAACAAAUUCAUGUUGGAAAGAGCACUGUCCUAUGUGUAACCCUCAGAAGAGUCUAAUACUAUACCGUAAAUCCCCUCAUAAAAUAACAAAUUUAACAAAGCUUUCACUAAUACCUCAAAUCUUUUUUUAAAGACAGCCCAUACCUCAAUAAAUCUUGAUGUACAUAAAGAAUUAGCACAGAACAGAAAUCUUAUGGCUUUGUAGCAUAAUUUUGAACUUCUGCUUAUCAUUAAUGAAGUGGAAAGAAAUGCAUCACAGGUGUCAGAGUUAUUUGAACUCAUCUCCGAAAAGAUGGAAUUUCUUAUACAUUAAAAUAUACUAAAUAACUUCACUGUUAAAAACUGCACAAGGCUUGGCCUCGUGUCAUUUUAGCAGAAGAAUAAGGCUGCGUUCUGAGAAGUUUUUUUUUUUUUUUUUUUUUUUUCUCAAGACAGGGUCUCUCUGUGUAGCUUUGUGCCUUUCCUGGAACUUGCUUUGGAGACCAGGCUGGCCUUGAACUCACAGAAGUCCGCCUGGCUCUGCCUCCCCAGUGCUGGGAUUAAAGGCGUGCGCCACCACCGCCUGGCGGCGUUCUGAGAAGUUUUAAACUGUUUUCUCCAGAGAGCAUAUAAUGGAUUUUGAAAAACUGUAUAUUCUGUAUAAACUUUAUUUUAGUACAUACAUGGAGUGGAUGGUUCUUGUUGCCUCUGAUAUGUAUUGCUUGACAUGUUAAUUUGUUACAGAGAGUAGAUCACCAUAUUGAUCUACUCUUAUGUACAGUAAGAUCUUAUUGAUCUUACUGUUAUGUACAUAACAGAUCUUAGUAAUAUUUUGUUGAGGAAUAGUGAAUGACUGCUAAUUCUUUUUUUAUUUUAUUAAAUUUUCUAUUCAUUUUACAUAACAACCACAGAUCCCCCUCUCCUCCCUCCUCCCGCCCCCCAGCCUUGCCCCCAACCCACCUCCCCUCCCACCUCCUCCAAGGCAAGGUCUCCCAUGGGGAGUCAGCAGAGCCUGGUACAUUCAGUUGACGCAGGUCUAAGCCCCUCCUCCCUACACCAAGGCUGCGAAAGGUGUAUGACUGCUAAUUCUUGUUCUCAGUGUCCUUAUCCUUCAAAUAGAUGUAUAGAUUUGAAGAUUUAUUUGUAUAUGAUAUUUUAAUCCAUCCUUUUUUCACUUACCCAGAAAUUAUGAGGGAUGUGAAAGUAUAAUAAAUUGCUCUAGCUUUCUGAAUAUUAAGCUAUUUAUAAUUUUUUUGUCAUAUGGUUUUUAUCCAUACAUCACCCCUUAGUUAUACAAAGAACACAGAAAUGUUGGUAUUCAUUUGUGUUGCCUGCAACAUACAAAUCACAAUCUAAUGAUAAACUUUAGGAGUAAGACUACAGCGAUACCAUAUGUUCAUGGAUAAUUAAGAAUAAAAGGAAAUUAUAGAAACCAAAAAUAAUUUUAAGGGAGUUGAUCAUUUAUGGCAAGGUAGACACCUUGUGUUUUGGGGAGUGGGUGGGUGAGAAUAAAGUCCAUUUUAUCUAAAUGGAACUUAUUUAAACACUUCAUGCUUCUUUGUUUAGAAUAGUUACUUCCUGGUUCUACUUCUCUUAGUCAUAAAAGACAUAUGAAUUGAAGUUUAUGACUCUGUUUCUGUGACUAUUUGUUGGUUGUGACUGUCUUCUGAGCCAUCAACCAGAACUUCAGGAGUUCAACUGUGCCUGCUUGCAAAGGAUCAUCGCAGCUGGGGUUGUUGACUGAUCCCUCACAGGAGAGGGGUGCUCAUGGGACCCUCCUCUGACUUUACAGCACUCCAUACCAUCUGUUGUGUGCGGUUUUGCCCUAAUUACAUGUGGCCUCGGGGAAGGCCUUGGGCAUAUAGACCAAGGAAGAAUGGAGGAGGAACUUCAUCUGUGUUGCUGUGGGAAAGCCUUUCAUAACUUCUGGGUAAAGACUUUCUGGCACAGCCUUUUGGGUAGGGAGAAACACCCAUGCCAUAAAUAACCCCUUACCUAUUCUCUGUACGUAAGCCCAAUAAACUCUGGUUCUCCAGAGUGACCUUG